GGCCCAUCGAUGUCCAGCAUCCACCAAACGAUGCAUAGAUAGUUUUUAAAAUAUAUUUAAUGUGAUAUGGUUCUCAUUUUGCGUUUUAGCUAGCCCGUUUUAAAGGGCACUUUUUUUCCCGCCAGAUUUGAGCAGUGGCGAAAAUGGCGACCAGCGGUGACGUUAGUCGCAGCUUGAAAGAAGCGCUGUGCGAAGCUUUAAAUGCCAUUCUUUCGCCCUCACAAGAAAUCAGGACAAAUGCCGAAGAGCAACUUAAAAUUCUGGAAGUCACGGACGAUUUUUGCGUCCACUUAGCAGAGCUGACGGUGGACCCACAGUGCCCAUUCGCCAUCCGUCAGCUGGCUUCGGUUCUCUUAAAGCAAUAUGUCGACACGCACUGGUCCCGCAAUUCGGAGAAAUUCCGCCAACCAGAAGCGACGGACGAGGCCAAGGCGACUAUACGGAACCUUCUUCCUCUGGGCCUCAAGGAGUCCCUGAGCAAGCUCCGCUCAAGUGUGGCCUAUGCCAUCUCGGCCAUCGCUCACUGGGACUGGCCUGAAGCAUGGCCUCAGCUUUUUGAGAUACUCAUGCAGGCGCUGAUGAGCGGCGACUCGAACACCGUUCAUGGCGCAAUGCGAGUUCUUACAGAGUUCUCCCGAGACAUCACAGAUAACCAAAUGUUCCAAGUGGCCCCCGUUGUGCUUCCCGAAAUGUACAAGAUCUUCACCCAGCCUGAGAAAUAUGGCAUCCGAACGCGUGGACGAGCCGUGGAAAUCUUCUCCACUUGUGCCCAAAUCAUUGCUACCAUGGGCCAUAUGGACAAGAGCACGACCAAGACGCUUCUUUAUCCAAUUUUGCCGCGAUUUACCGAGGCCCUUGUUGAAGCACUGAAAAUACCCGACGGCCCCACGUCGGACUGUGGCAUCAAGAAGGAGAUUUUAAAGGCGUUGACAGUUUUAGUAAAAUAUGAGCCCAAGCAGAUGUCGACCUGGCUUCCACACAUCUUGACGCCUGUCUGGAAUUCGCUGACAGAAAGCGCACAUAUAUAUGUGAGAACAGCCGUCAAUGAUUCUGACGAAGCCAAUGAUCCUGUGGACUCAGAUGGUGAAAUUCUUGGCUUUGAAAACGUGGUCUUCAUGAUAUUCGAUUUUGUAAAUGCGCUUGUGGAAACACCAAGAUUCCGUGGCCUUGUUAAGAAGGGGCUCUCUGACCUGAUCUACUACAUUGUAUUCUACAUGCAAAUCACUGAAGAACAGGUUAGAACUUGGACUAGCAGUCCAGAUCGAUUUGUUGAAGACGAAGAUGAUGACACAUUCUCAUAUUCUGUUCGAAUAUCGGCCCAAGAUCUGCUUUCGGCAUUAUUUCAAGAAUACGAAGAGGAGAGCGCUCGUGGUCUAAGUGAAGCAGUCGCCAAGCAUCUCCAAGUGAGCAAUGCUGCACGAGCCAGUGGGGAUCGCAACUGGUGGAAAAUUCAUGAGUCAUGCAUGUUGGCCCUUGGGAGCUGUCGUGAUUCUUUUGUGCCCGGAAGCCAAGGCCAGGGACUCUUUGACGUGAGGGGCUUCCUUGAAUCGGUAGUACUGGCAGACCUAAGCACAACAGAUUCCCCAUUUUUGAUUGGUCGCUGUUUGUGGGUGGCAAGCAGAUUUGUUGCCUUCUUGACACCAGAAAUGACACAAAGGUUCCUCCAAACAACAGUUGAUUGCUUACAGCAGACGCAGUCGGCCACAUUGCGAGUUUCUGCAGUUCGAGCGAUGUGGGGUUUCUGUCAGCACCUCAACAACCACAAUCAGUCGAGCCAGCUUGCGCCGUUUCUGGCUCCCUUCACGGAGGGACUCAUAUCCCUGUCGACGCAGUUCUCUUCUGACGUUCUGGCCUUAGCCAUCGAGGCUCUGUCCAUCGUCAUUACAGUUGACCCACAGUUCACACAAACUAUCGAGAACAGGGUGUCCCCUCUCGCCAUUGCUGUGUUCUUGAAGUACAACAGUGACCCCAUCCUGGUGUCGAUAUGCCAGGACAUCUUCAAGGAGCUCUGCCACAACCCUCUCUGCUGUGGAGCGUUGCAGCAGCGGUUGCUCCCCACGAUAAUCUCGAUUCUCCAAGCGCCCCUGGACAAGAUACCAUCUGGUCUGCAGGCUGUUUCCUUGGACGUCCUCCAGACAAUUGUCCGUAGCAGUGCGCCACCACUUGCGGAGCCCCUCAUCACGCAAGCAUUUCCUAUGGUUGUGCAGUGUGUCAUGCAGACAGAUGACAAUUCAACAUUGCAGAAUGGUGGUGAGUGUAUCCGGGCGUACGUGUCAGUUGCAUAUGACCAGAUUGCUGCCUGGAGGGAUGAACAAGGUCAAACGGGGCUAUACUAUGUUGUCAAGGUUGCCCAACACCUGCUGGACCCCAAGACACCAGAGUCCGCAGCCAUGUUUGUGGGCCGGCUAGUGUCAGUGGUCAUUUCGAAAGCGGGCUUGUCCCUGGGCGAAGGCACUGAGCUGCUGCUCCGGGCUGUCCUCAGCAAGCUUCAGCAGAGCGAGACACUGAGUGUAAUUCAGAGUUUGGUACUGGUAUUUGCGCACCUGGUGCACACUCAGAUGUCAGCAGUCCUCGACUUUCUCUCUGGCGUUCCGGGACCAACGGGCCAGUCAGCUCUGGCAUUCGUCCUUACCGAGUGGUGCUCCAGGCAGACACUUUUCUACGGAACGUACGAGACCAAAGUCAGUAUACUGGCCUUAUGCAAGCUUCUGGAGCAUGGAAUUCAGACUAACGACUCUCGUCUGGUGAACAUCAAUGUCAAGGGGGACCGAGUGUUCAACAUGAACGAAGGCAUUCGGACGAGGUCGAAGAGUGCUGCUAAUCCAGACCAGUGGACGGAGAUUCCAGUCUUGGUCAAAAUAUAUAAGCUUAUGAUUCAUGAGUUGAGCAAUUGCCUUGACCAUGCAAUGAUGAACAAGGAAGAGGAUGACUCUGAGGAUGAAGAAUGGGAGGAAGAAGGAGAAAUGGAAGGGGAUACUGCCGAGCACAUUAUGCGACACUUCGCCCCUGCCUCGGACUAUGCAGGUGUGUUCAGUUACCUCACACCGAUAUCUGCAAACAGGCUUCGACUUGGGGCUCUUCGUUGACUCCACUGAGUAGAGCACAGCACUACCUCUCAAUUGAAGGAAGCAGUGUGCUUCGUCAACGCUCCUCUAAGAUAGCUGUGAUGAAGAUUCACUUGAGAAACACCCGCUCAGCAAUUCCUCGUUG